GCAACCUCACCUUAUUUUUCGGUUUCUGAAUUUUGCUAGGGCAAAGUAACAUAAUCAGAAGCUGAAAAGAGAAGAGAAGAGAGAGAGGAGAGAGAAAAUGGAGGGUGGAGAUGAAGCUCUGGAGAUGGUAAUUGACUCCAAAGACAUGCAACAGCAGAGUAAAGCCUUCGACAAACUCACUGACCGCGUCGAAGAUCGCCAGCUUGAUUCUACUCGCGUUCAAGAAGCCAUGGCUUCCAUUGCUGCUUCUGCUGAAGCCGAUUGGAAUGCCAUGCGCUUGAGGGAGAAAGAAUUAGCCGCUGUUAAGAUUAAUGCAGCAGAUGUUGAUAUAAUUGCAAAUGAACUAGAGUUGGACAAAAAGGUGGCUGAAAGAACCUUGCGUGAGCAUAAAGGUGAUGCUGUUGCUGCCAUUCGCCACUUGCUUCACUAGUAUGUUAAGAAACAAACAAGGGCCAAUGUUUCCGACUACAAUCAAUGUUAUAUUUUUGUUGUGCAUUGAAAUUUGAACCCCAAAUGUAUACACUAUGAAGAUGAAGAUGAUGUAGUUCUUUAGAAAUCUUAACUAUGUUGUUGAUAUUGUAAUAACCCUCACUCAAUUUUUGUGGUUCAAAAGAUGUUCCGUUUAUCUUAA